AAGAUUCCUGGUCUCAUCGGCACAAAACUAUGGAUAAUAAUGGAAUAUUUGGGUGGAGGGUCAGCUUUAGAUCUUCUGCGUGCUGGCCCAUUUGAUGAGUUCCAGAUUGCUACCAUGCUGAAGGAAAUCUUGAAAGGUCUUGACUACCUACACUCAGAGAAGAAAAUUCACAGGGAUAUAAAAGCUGCCAAUGUGUUGUUAUCAGAACAAGGUGAUGUUAAACUUGCUGAUUUUGGAGUUGCUGGGCAGCUGACAGACACACAAAUCAAGAGGAAUACCUUUGUUGGAACUCCAUUUUGGAUGGCCCCUGAAGUUAUUCAGCAGUCAGCAUAUGAUUCAAAAGCUGACAUCUGGUCUCUGGGGAUCACUGCUAUUGAACUAGCCAAAGGGGAGCCUCCCAACUCUGACAUGCAUCCGAUGAGAGUUCUCUUCCUCAUUCCAAAAAACAAUCCUCCAACUUUAUUAGGAGAAUUCAGUAAACCUUUUAAAGAAUUCAUUGAUGCAUGUCUGAAUAAGGACCCAACAUUUCGCCCUACUGCAAAAGAACUGCUGAAGCACAAGUUCAUUAUGAAAAAUGCCAAGAAGACUUCGUAUCUGACAGAACUGAUUGAUAGGUUUAAGAGGUGGAAAGCAGAGGGACAUAGUAGUGAUGAAAGUGAUUCCGAUGGUUCAGAUUCGGAGUCCAGCAACAAGGAGAAUAACUCUCAUCCUGAGUGGAGCUUCACCACGGUUCGGAAGAAGCCAGAUGCAAAGAAGCUGCAGAACGGGACGGAUCAGGAUCUUGUUAAAACCCUGAGUUGCUUAACUAUGAUAAUCACCCCUGUGUUUGCUGAGCUCAAGCAGCAGGACACAAAUAAUGCCAGCAGAAAGAAAGCAAUUGAGGAACUUGAGAAAAGCAUCAAUAUGGCAGAAGCAACGUGUCCAGGGAUCACAGAUAAGAUGGUGAAGAAACUUAUGGAGAAAUUUCAGAAAUUCUCUGUUAAUGACUCAUCCUAAGAAACUUCACAUAAUUGACUGCUGUUUCGUAUGGACCCAGUGAAACCCACCAAAACUACUUCAAGCUUGGCAGUGCUUAGCUCAUGAGCUCCUUGUGCCUUUUGGAUCUUUGCAACAUAUUGAUGGUGAUUGAGGAUUUGGAAGAACCUACUCAACUAUUUUGUGGCAGUGCACAUGGUUUUAUAUUUUCAGGAAAUCAUUUUGUAAAGAACAACUUUUAAUAUUGUAGUUUCACCUGUUUAAUCUGAUAAAUGUUGAGGUGCAGUUUUGCUUUUAGAAAAUAACCAUUACUUUAGUUCAUAGAAAGUGCAAGUAUGUUUUGAUGCUGUUUUGUUCCUGUACAUGGGGAUGUACAGGCCUUUUGUAUUCAUGAGUUAAAACUUUUGUAACUCACUAACAAGCUUCAGAGAAAAUAGCUUUUUCACAGGCCUAUUCAAAACAUGUAAUGUAGUGGCAAGGGUAUUGCUGUAGCACCUGCUUCAACCAGCAUUUAGUUAUUGUGCUCUGGACACCAGACCUGCAACAGUAUCUUAUUAUCAUUCUAAAUUGGUACAGUAUUUUUAGGCAGCUCUAUGAUUAAAUACAUUUGAGAGCAAUAUGUCAAUAGUUUUGCAGGUGAUAUGUAGCAACAACAGGGAUAUCCUGAUGUACAGUGUAUGUGUUACCUUUUAGAACAGGUUUCAAAGUAGUCAUUCAAUCUUACAUCAUCAUGGUAGGAAAAUUUAAAGCAAUACAGUUGAGGGGGUGGGGCUUUUGGCAAUAAUGGACAAAACCUGAAGUCCAGUUUAACUUAAUUUAAUGUGUUUUUUUUCCUCUGAGUAUAACAUGCCUGGGUGGAAGGGAGCCAGAGAAGCCGAGCGUCACGUGAAACAUACCUCACAAGCAGGUAUAAGUGUAACACCAGCAUUCUGUGUGGUGGUGUUGUUUCUCCUGUAAGAUAUUUAUACACAUCUUUUUGUUGUUCUGAAAUACCUUCAAUACAGUACUUCAACCUAAUUUGUUUAUAAUUUUCUGAAAGUGUAUUUUAAAUAUGUAUUUACCAGUUAAUAUGCAAAUAACUGAGUUAUAGAUAUUCUUUCACAAAGAGGUAGUACUGUGCAGUACUGAGUGAUUUUUUUUCUCUUUUUUCAUAAAAAAUAGGUAAGACUAUAAAGUUGCUUUCAGUUAUAUAUUUAUGGUACUGCUAGAUGGGUAAUGUCUUUUCUUCUGGUUGGGUUUUUUUUUUUUCCCUUUUUCAACCCAGUAUGUAUAUUAUGCUGAAGUUUUGAACUGGGAUUGUUUUUCAAUACUUAGCUGUGGAACUGUUGGUGUAAAUUUAUUUUUUAUAAAGGCUGGGUGUGUUUAUUUUAUGGUUCAGACCUGCACAUUUUGUUUUUGCACAAAAGUCAUUUUAAAGAAUCUGAAAUAUAUCUGCCAAAUAUGGAAAAAAGUAAUGGUGUGCAAAUAAAUACUGCAUUUUUAGUCAAAAUGUUGCCAUUACAUCAUUUUUAUAUAAAGGACACUUGUGAGAGAUGGUGGUUAGAUAUGCCAAGGACAAUUAUUUUCAAUGGUGCCUACACUGUAAAAAAAAAAAAAAAUUACUUUUAACUCCUUGUUUUAAUUUUAAAGAAAUGUUUCUGUUUAAAACUUUCAUCUGCUAUAUAACUGAAAUUCGAUUAGAAUUUAUAUCUGAGAAAAAAAGUCUGGAAAUAGUUUUUGAAAACAAUAAUGUUAUGGAUUAAAUAAAUAUUUUUAUAAAUGUAAAAGCA